AUGUUCCACCUGAGUCCCAUCACAUUAAAGCCCGAGGUCCGGGCCAAAAAAGACCAACACCCGAUUUUCGAAAAGCAACUGCUCGCACUCAUUCAUCGAAUUGCACAGGAGAAAGAGGUUGUCCAAAUCGACCAAGCAAAUGCAAAGAAGCUGCUCAACAUGCUGGACACGUUCCUUGGAUAUGGGUUAUUCGCCUGCAACAAGUGCUAUUGGCCCUUUGUGCGCGAGUUUUUGCCAAAAACUGAGACGCAGUUGUUGAAGGUCGAGUGGCAAUGCACAUCCGAUCGUGCUCUCUCCAUAGCUUGGCUAAAAGACGCGCUGAACCGCGGAUCUUUUCACUUCCAGAUGUUGGCCAUCCAGCAGAACAAGAAGCUCGUCAACAAGUAUUACCACCCAAACUCGUGCAUGCGGAACCAGAUUUUGCUGAAGAACGUGACGGUCGAGAGCGAGCGGUUGACGAACGUCAUGUUUUCGUUUGUGAGUCCCACAACCGCCGCUCAAGAAUUCGUCCCGGCCGCCGUCGUCGUCGAGUCCACCCCGGUGGUCACGAUGCGGCGUCAGAGAAUCACCAAAAAGAUCCGGAAUCGAUUGGAGUCGGAAUCGGAGCCUCCCGUCCAAGCCCCGACGAUGAAGGUCUCAAUGCCAACCGCAAUGGAUACGGACUUCAUGCUCGGCGACCUGCUAAACACUCGGAAUCAGAAGAACAAGCUAAUUGGACAGCAGCCGAACGGGACUACGGUCGACGUCAUGGAGCCGCGCACAUCGCAAGAGGUUGACGAACCCGUUGCAGCUCUGGAUAUCCUCAUCUCCAAGCGCAACAUGUCUGGGCUGUUCGGCAGUAUGGGUCCGGAUGCGGUCGCCGCAUCAUUCGACAGCCUCUUCGAGCUGCCGAGCACCAUGAAGGAGACGAUGGCCCCGCCCGAAGAAACGAAGGUUGACGGAGAAGUUUUCCUUCAAGCCAACGAGUCACUCCAGCUCUCGAUGGACGUCUUCACCGGCACGCAGGCGGAAUCCCUCCUGAAAUGCUACCAAGUCUUCGAGACGUUCGUCGUCGGGAGACCGGCCGAGAGACUUCUCGCCAUCACCGAGAGCAACGUCUACAUCUUGUCGCAGACGGUGGCAAAUUUUGGGGCUGAAAAUGAGGAAGUGGCGGAAACCCUGGGGACAUCCGUGGAAUACCACACCCAUUGCCAGGCCCCGAUGGAAGCCAUCGAUUACCUGGGACUGAGCGACGACGCGCAGUGUGUACUCCUUUUUGCCAAGAAGGACAUUGAAUUUGCGAUGCACGACGUCGAUCGGCUAUCCGGAAAGGUGGUCUCAAUCGCCGCCGGGGAUAUGAAGCUCGGCAAGGUCAUCGCCGAUGAGAUAUGUCGGGCCGCUGAAAAAGGAGGGCGGCAAGGUGGUGCUCCACCCAUAUUCAGCGACACGACGCCGUACAGCCUCAUCGUUCGACGAUUCCUGAAAAAGGAGCUGAAAGCAGAGGCACCCAAAGUCAAGCAUACUUCUGCAGUAUUUUGGAGAGAGACAAGCGUCUCUGCCACUGGCCCGGAAACGUCUCAUCAGGGAUAUCUGAUGCACAGAUCGCUGGAUUUGAGCUGGUGGAAGCGGCCGAACGACGACUGGAAGCAGAGCUAUUUCUUGCUACAAGGCUCCAAACUAUACGUCUUCACCGAUUCCACGUGCAAAUUUGGCGAGCGUGUCAUUAGCCUGAGCGGCGGGGCCGUGGAGACGCACGAGGUCGAGCUGAAGAAGAACCACAGCUUUGGGCUGCAGAUCAUCUUCCCCGAUCGUCCGGAAGAGGCCCCGCUUCAACUGCAGUGUACCUCCCGUGAAGAAAUGGGAAAAUGGAUGCAUUUGCUGAGCAUUGCUCUGUCAUCACCUGAGGACGGAGAAGACGCUGUUUCCUGCGCCCUGAUUCUCACCGACACCCACCUGGUGAUCUGCCAGGAGGGGGAGAAGCUGCUCCGUGAUGAGUUUAUGAGAGCGCUCUUGGUGCUUCGGUUAGAUGAACUUCUCACUGGCGUCGCGAUCGUCACUGAGCAUCACACCUGCUUGGUCAUUGAGGCUAACGACAUCCGAGAAUGGUUCUUCUUCCGCACCGAUGCCGAGCUGAAACGAGCCUGCAAAGCUCUGGAGGCCAACGUCAAGAUCCAGGACCUAGCAAAGCUCAACGACGACAAACUCUGCCAGGUCCUCAAAAACCAGGCGCGCCGUGUCCCGGACCGCUGGCACCGCACCGUCUUCGGCGCGGAGCAUAACGCCAUCAACCGACUCGACCCGAUCGUGCGGAAAAAGGCCAACUCGAUCCUCCUAUCUCCUGCCGGCUCGACCAGCUCGCACGAGUCGGGCGACACGCGCGUGGACCACACCCGACUCGGCCAAGUAGGGACGCUGCCUGCCUCGCAAUGCCUGCUAACCCCCUCCAUCCAACAACAACUCCAAGCACUCGCCCAAUCCCAAUCACCCGCCACCCAGCAACUCCUCGGGAUCCUCGGAAAAUCCACGUCCGCGGCGGCACAACAACAGCAACAACAGCAACAACGCCAACACCAGCAACAACAAAGGGUCUCGAUAUCCCAGCCUCACAAAGCCUACACCGCCCAUCAGAAUCAACAGCAAAAGUAUGGGCAACAACACCGCCCGCCAAACACGUCGAUGCCCCCGCCGGCCGUGCCAAGGAUCAGUCAACCAUCCAGCUAUGCGCACGGGGUUAAUAGAUACCCGCCGCAGCAUCGCCCUACCUACCCGUCACAGAAUACCAUUUCAAAACAUCAAAAAUAC